AUGGCCACCCAUUUUUCCAAAGGAUCCUCCCCUCGGUACAAUGAGGAGGUGGUCCGUCCCUCCUGGGCUUGCCGAAGACCUCUGGCGGUGGUCUCAAUGCUUCCCAUUGAGGACCCCGGUGACGCUGAACCAGGGGCUUCUCCGCGUGUGGUUAUGUGGUUUGAGUCAGGCCUCCUGGGGCUCAAAACCCUGGGAGAAUCCCAACAGGCACCGGAUGCCCAGCGCCUGGCACAGAUAACGCACUCCACAGACGGGCUGGGACUGCGGUUAGCAUCGAACUCAGCUCCAGGGGCAGCUCUGGAAAAGCUGGGGACUCGCCCUCUCCGCCCCAGAACCCGGAGGCAGACGCUCUGGGCGCGCGCCCUGGCGAACCCCGGGGAAGCCACAGGGCCCCCAAGCGCGCCCACCCUGCGCCCGCCGGCUCCCGAGGUCCGUGCUGCUCCGCAGGGAUGCCCAGACCCCAGCGGCCAGCGCACAGCCUCGCCCCGCCGCUGCGGCCCCGCUGCGGCCCCUGCCCGCGCCCUGCCCGCGCCCUGCCCGCGCUCCGUUCUGACUCACCGGCGCCGGCUCCGGCGAAAGUUUGGUGGCGCGGCGGGCGCGGCGGCCAAGCUGCUCGAUGCUCUGCGGCGGCGGCGGCGGCGGCGGCGGCGGCGGCGGGGGCGCGGACUGCGGAGGCGGGGCUCCGGAGGAGGAGGCGCGCCGAGGGGGGCCAGCCAGGGAGGGAGGCGGAGACCCGGGCCCGCGGGCCUGCGGCGCCCCCGCCUCCGGCUCCGCGCUCCCAGGGCCGCCCCCACGCCGGGAGGGGGCGCGAGGGGGCGCCUGUGGCUCGGUUCGGACACCUUCUCCCGCCUCCUGCCGCGCACCCCGGCCUCGAGCUCCGCGCAGCGUGACAGCUCCUCGGGUUUGGAGAGAAGGGUUUCGGAAGGGUCAGAACCCUGGCGAGAACUCCCCACCGCCCACACUUACCUGAGGGCGGGCGGACGGGCGGAAAUAGAUGAGAAAACUGAGGCACAAAUCGGGGAAGAAACUAGUUCAGCAUAUACAGCUAGCAAGUCAUUCCAAGAGCAGACAGUUAAGAAGAUGCUGAACCAGGAGCUUACAAUCAGCAUUUGACAAGUCUUCACUGAGCCUCUACUGUGUGCCAGGUCCUGGCACAGAAGGUUGCUGAUUCCAGGACAAAUCAGACCUUAUUCCUGACCUCCAGCUGCUUAGUCUCAAGAAGAGGAAAGGAAAAUAAAGAGACAAAUAUAAUACAGUGUGAAAAGUACAACAGUGGUCCAAUUUCAGUUCAUGAACUCAGAGCCAGAAAAAGGAAGUAGCCUUGAGACAAUAUCUUAAGAUAAGACUUCCGGGUAACAGAAAUUAGCAAGAAUGAAAAACAACCCAAGGAGCUUCCCCCACGUCUGCCAUCAGAACAGCUAAGCUUAAGACAAGUGACAACAUCAAGUGUUGGCGAGGAUGUGGAGCCCCUGGAACUCUCAUACACACCUGGUGGAGAUGCAAAAUGGCACAGGUACUUUGGAAAACUGCUUGGCAACUUUAAUAAACAAAGAUCGGCCUGAGAUCCAGAAAUUCCACUCACAGGUAUGUCCCUGAGAGAAAUGAAAACAUGUCCACAAAAACUGUACAUAAAUCUUAACAGCUUUAUUCAUAAUGGUCCAAGCCGGAGACAACCUAACUAUCUACUCAAAUAGGAGUUUGAAUAAAUAGUGUGGUAAAUCCAUAGUAUGGGAUACCACACAGUAAUCAAAGUGGAUGAAUGAUUGCUGCCCACAACAACACAGAAGAAAAAAAUCAUUAUGUUGAAUAAGAGAAACCAAAUGCAAAAAAAAAAAAAAAGGUGAAUAUUAUAUAAUUCUACUUAUGUGAAAUUCAGUAACUGGCAAACCUAAUCUAUGGUUUUACAAGUGGUUGCCUCUGGGGGAGAGGUGGGGAACGGGACUGUUUUUGACCUAGAAGGGGCAAUGGAAGCAGGUGUUAGAACAAUUCUACACUUCGAUCUUUGGGAUGGUGACACAGGUAUAUACAAAGGUAAAAUUUUUAAGUUUUUAAAAAAUGUUUAUUUCUUUUUGAUAGAGAGACAGAAAGUGAGCAUAAGCCAGGGAAGGGCAGAGAGAGAGAGGGAGACACAGAAAUCUGAAGCAGGCUCCAGGCUCUGAGCUGUCAGCACAGAGCCCGAUGGAGGGCUUGAACCCAUGAACUACAAGAUCAUGACCUGAGCCAAAGUCGGAUGCUUAACUCACUGAGCCACUCAGGUGCCCCGUUUUGUUU